AUGAAAAAAAUAAAUAGUUUAUAUAUAACGCUCCUAUUUUUGUGCAUAACACGUUCAUUAUAGCAUGGAGAUGAUGAAAGACCUUCAAAAAAGAUUAAAUAGACAUUAAAAGAUAGAACUGUUGAACUUAAGAACUUUUAGAUUAGCUACAUAAUGACUUUGGAUGGUUAAGAUAAGCUUUAGUAUGAAAUUUAGCCUUCUUAAAUUCAAUCUAUAGUUCAAUAAGACUACUGUGAAAAAUGGAUUUUAUAAUUUUAUAAUGUUAGCAAUUAUUGGAAAUUUAUUUGCCAAAAUGGAAAAAAGCAAGUUGGUGAAUUAUAAAAUUUAUUGUUAAGUUCUAUUUUAAGUAAAGAAAGCAAGAUAGGUGAUAUAAAAUUAUAAGAAAAUAUCAUUCAAGAAUUUACAUUAAAAAAGCCAGAGAAAUAACACUACAACUUUGAGCACUCCAAGAUAAAAGAUGGAUGCUUCAAAAUAGAUGUCUAUCCUCAUGGUGUUUUGAACUAUGCAUUUGAAAUAAGAUUUUGUGUAGAUCAAUAAAAGGUAGCAACAGUAGAUAAAUACAGAGUUAUUUUAGAAGACAAAUAGCUUGGAAAGAAAAUCUUUGAGUGA